ACUGGUCCUCGGGCCGCCGCGGAGACUCCGGCGCUCACGCUGCCCGCGGCUGCUGCCGCGACUCCCGGCGGCUCCGGUGGUGGCGCCGUUCGCCUGCCCGCGCUUCUCCCGGACGCAGGGCUCGGCACCUCCCGCCGCGGCGCCGCUCCCCGCGGCUCGGGCUCCGGCGGCGGCUCGGCUCCUGCCCCCGGGCUCCGGGCGCGCAGGUGGGCCGGCCGCCGCGGGGAGAUAGGCCCCCGGGGGCGCGGCGGGGGGACCAUGGCCCGCAGACCCGGGGCGCCGGCCGCCUACGGGGAGGACUUCUCCUUCGUCAGCCCGCUGGUGAAAUACCUGCUCUUCUUCUUCAAUAUGCUCUUCUGGUUCUGGAGCUCAGAAGUCCAAAGAAGCUCUCACUGGCCUAAAAUCAAGGUGAUUUCCAUGGUGAUGGUGGCCAUAGGAGUCUAUGCUCGGCUGAUGAAGCACGCAGAAGCAGCCUUGGCCUGCCUGGCUGUGGACCCAGCCAUCCUGCUGAUCGUGGUGGGCAUCCUCAUGUUUCUGCUCACCUUCUGCGGCUGUAUCGGAUCCCUCCGUGAGAACAUCUGCCUCCUGCAGACGUUCUCACUCUGCCUCACCAUCGUGUUCCUGCUACAGCUGGCUGCCGGGGUCCUGGGCUUCGUCUUCUCAGACAAGGCACGAGGGAAAGUGAGUGAGAUCAUCAAUAAUGCCAUUGUACACUACCGAGAUGACUUGGACCUACAGAACCUCAUUGAUUUUGGCCAGAAGGAGUUCAGCUGCUGUGGAGGGAUUUCCUACAAGGACUGGUCCCAGAACAUGUACUUCAACUGUUCAGAAGAUAACCCCAGCCGUGAGCGUUGCUCUGUGCCUUACUCCUGUUGCUUGCCUACUCCCAGCCAGGCAGUGAUCAACACCAUGUGUGGCCAAGGAAUGCAGGCCCUUGAGUACUUGGAAGCUAGUAAAGUCAUCUACACCAACGGCUGUAUUGACAAAUUGGUCAACUGGAUACACAGCAACCUCUUCUUACUUGGUGGUGUGGCACUGGGCCUGGCCAUCCCCCAGCUGGUGGGAAUCCUGCUGUCCCAGAUCCUUGUGAAUCAGAUCAAAGAUCAGAUCAAGCUACAGCUCUACAACCAACAGCACCGGGCUGACCCAUGGUACUGAGAGUCCAUCUGCACCUCCUCACUAUGGCAGCAGGCAAGCCUCAUCACCAACAGCAGUGGGUACAGCGCUCAGUGCUCAAUGGAGAUUUGGAUUCCCCCCAGCAACAGCCCAGUGGGAAGAAGCAAACUCCAGACAGGCAGAUGGCAGGUGCACAGGUGGCUCAAGUCUCGGGAAGAUGCUCCUCCGCUCCCCUUUCUAGCCCUCAGCAUUGUUAAAGAGUUAUUUUGUAUUGUUUCUAACCUAACCCAUUUGGGUUUAUGUUUUUUUAAGUUUUGUCUGGGCAGAGAUGUUUGGGAACAGCAGUUGCACCGAGUCAUGGGGUAUAGCUGCUGCUUUUCAUGGAGGCACUGUAACUGACCACUCUACUGAGGCUGCUACUGUGGUUGACGGACACACUCGGAAUCCAACUGUUGCCAGCAAGACCUGGCUGAGGAGUGGACCCAGCAGCCCUGCCUGGAGUCCAUUUGGCAUGAUACCGGCUCCAGAAGGGAAGGGAAUGGAGCAGGCAGUGAGCUUGGGGGUCAGCUGGGGACAGUUGUAUGUGUUGGGUAGCAAUGGAAGGCAAUAUGUUUACUAAAUGCCUGCCCUGCCAUCCUCCCAGGUAGUCAGAGUGAGGUACAUCCUGUCCCUCCCUCAUUUCCAUGGAAACAUGGCAGCAAGGACAACAGCAGCCAAAUUCAUCCCUCUCUCCGACACCCUUUGAAAAAUGUUCGGGACCAUGGUCUCUAUAUUCUGCAGCCAGCAAAGUGGAACUGAGCCAUUCCUUCUUUUUAAUUCCUCCAGUGUGGCCCUCCCUCUCCAGCGAGUGGGGUUCUUUAAGCUUGGCAGUGUACUGAGGAGGGGAGGUAACCCCCGCCCUCUCGCUCCCCCCACCCCCCCAUUCCCCUGCACCAGAGCUCAGUAUUUCUACAGUGUAAGAAGCAGGGAUCUUGCUGGGGCAGGGGGAGCCAGAAAUGGCAAUAAAAGUUUGUUGACCUGG